GACCUAUUUUCAAUUCUUCACCGUUUUAAAGGUGUUCAGCAGCUAAGUACGUAGUGUUCUUUUGAUUAGAAUUCAAUUAACAUCUUAAACAUAAUAAGCUAGAAAUUUAAAAUGUCUCGGAUUUUAGUUGGCGUGAAGCGAGUUGUUGACUAUGCUGUUAAGGUUCGGGUGAAUCCCGAAAAGACUGGUGUGGUUACCCAGGGAGUGAAGCAUUCUAUGAAUCCUUUUGAUGAAAUAGCCGUUGAAGAAGCCGUUAAAAUGAAAGAAAAGAAAUUGGCGAGCGAAGUUAUAGCAGUUUCCAUUGGUCCCAGUCAAUCACAGGAAGUAAUAAGGACUGCAUUAGCAAUGGGAGCAGAUCGUGGUAUUCAUGUCGAAAUUUCGGGCAAAGAGUACGACUUGUUACAACCAAUUCACGUCUCUAAAAUACUUGCAAAGCUGGCCUUAGAUGAAAAAGCUGACUUAGUCAUUUUGGGUAAACAGGCAAUUGACGACGACUCUAAUCAAACAGCUCAAAUGACGGCAGCUGUGCUCGACUGGCCACAAGCAACAUUUUGCAAUAAAAUAGAGAAAAGUGAUGCUGGUAUAACCAUUAUCCGUGAAAUUGAUGGCGGCCUCGAAACUAUCAAGACAAAGACUCCAGCCGUUCUCAGUGCCGAUUUACGUCUUAAUACUCCACGCUAUGCUACAUUGCCUAACAUUAUGAAAGCGAAGAAGAAGCCAUUGAAAAAAAUUGGAGCAGGUGAUUUGGGAGUCGACACCAAACCUCGAAUUGAUAUAAUAUCUGUGGAAGACCCUCCAGUGCGUCAAGCUGGGGCAGUUGUUCCAGACGUUGACACUUUAGUUGCCAAACUAAAGGAAGGCGGUCAUUGCUAAAAUUGUAAAUGUAAUUUAAGACAAUGUCUGAAAUAAAAAUUUAGGAAAGUGCAUUUAUUAAAAAUAUAUAGAUAAACAAUAACGGAACUGGAUAAUGCCAAGCAAAGUAGUCGAAGACUCAAAAAAUAAAAAUACAUAUACACUAAGAA